AUGGUGAGCGCCUGGUUGAUUAAAGAGAAAUCGAAACUGCUCACUCGUCGUCGUUUCGAAAUAAGUUCACUCAAGCCGGUUUUCGAGUUGUCCGUUCCACUCGUUGUGAUUAUUCCUCCACCUGAUUCAGACCCGGACGAGCUGCCGUUGUUACCUGCAACGAUGUACGGUUGUCAGCGAUCGUGGACGCUCGUUUUAUCGGCGUUGGUCGCUCUCGUAGCGGUUUGCAGUGCUGAUGAAGACUGUCGAAGCCACAUCAAAACUUACCUUGAAUGCGAUGCUCAGGUGAAGGAUGUGAAAGACGAAAAUCUGCCGAAGGCAAGACAGUUUUUGAAGAGGAUCGAAGACUGCUUCUUAAAAAGUAAGUGCAUGAACGAGAAAGACGUCGCUCUCGCUACUCAAAACAUUUCUGUGGAAUUUCCUGAACACUGCGUCGAUGGUUUAAAACGGGAGGCAAACAGAAUCCAGGAACAAUGCUGGUCGAAAUAUUUUACCACAUCGACAUCGGUUCUGAAACCAGUCAUUCUCUCCAUAGAUCCUCCGCAGGACGAGCUCAUAAAUUUCGAUCGAGUUAUCGAUCCAGACAUAGAGGUACUGUAUAACGAAGCGGCUUACGACGCUCUACUUGGUAUGAACGACCUGCGAAACGCGAGCAGUUGUUCGCCGGGGAAACAACGGCAGAUAAAAGACUGUUUAAUGGCAAAUUUCGACGAAAUUGCCAAACAGUGGAAAAAUCCAAACGUGUUUAUCCGAACGAUGGAAGCAGAAAAGCGGUUCAACACAUUUUGCAAGGAUCACCAAGCCUGUUACGCGUCGCUUACACCGGCCUGCAGAAGGAAGUUCGACAACGCCAGUGCCGAAUUCUGCACCUGUCUGCACAGUCAAUUUUAUAGCAAAGGUAUGGAAAUGUUCAAGGAAUGCAGCGACAUGAUCGGAAUAUUGCUCGUGUAUCCGGCAAUAUGCGACGGCAACUCGGCUAUGCGACUAUGCCAGAACAAUUUCAUCGACGCGUACCACAGAAAAUUCGGUUUCUUUUUCCCUACAAGUUCCUAG